ACCAUUAUUUUGAUUUCAAAUAAUGUAGUUUGGUAUACACGUGUUUUUAAAACUUUAAACAGGUGGUUCUAAUAUAAGUAUAUAUCAAAAUGCCACCUUUUCGUGCUGGUUUGUUAAAAAGAAAAAUAGAGACUGGUGAAGGAAACAAAAGUUGCAUUGUUAAUAAAAAUGCUGAAGAAGACAAUGCUUCAGACACUGAUGAAGACUUAAUUAAAGGAGAUUUGGAUCAUGGAGAUGAUGCAACAGAUUCAGAGCAGGAGCAAGAAGCGGACUCCGAUGUUGAACAAGAUAAAGUAAUGUUUGAAGAUAGUGCGGACUCAGUUCUAGAUGAUGAUGAUGAUGAUGAUCAAUCGGCCGACGAUUCAUCUGAUUUGACAGAUUCAGAAGAAGAAGACGAAUCAAAUGAAGAUAGUGAAGAAAAUACAGAAUCCUCUGAGGAUGACAGUCCAGACAGUGGAGCUGAGUCAGCAGGGAAUGUACCAUCAGGUGCAAGCUCCGACACUAGUAAAAAUACUAAAGUAAAAGACAGAAGAAAAGUUACUCCUAAAAAAACAGUGAAAAAAGGGAGCAAGAACACUGAGGACAGUGUGGACCUGCUAGCUAAUAAGAUUAGUGAAGCCACUGUCACAACAGAACCAGUGCAGAAAAAAGAUGAGUAUGAGUCGGGCGACACAUCAGAUGAAGAGGACCGAGUGAACACAGCAGGAGAUGUGCCCAUGUGGUGGUACAAUGAGUACCCACACAUAGGCUAUGACCUGGACGGCCGACGGAUAGCGAAGCCCCCACAACGCGACCAGAUUGAUGAGUUCCUCAAAAAAUGUGAAGAUCCAGAAUUUUGGCGGACUGUAAAGGACCCUGCUACUGGGCAAGACGUCAUAUUGUCAAAGGAUGAUUUGAAACUCAUAGAGAGAAUCCGGAAGAGUAAUAUACCGUCAGAAACACAUGAUGAAUAUGAGCCGUGGGUGGAGUGGUUCUCGCGCGAGGUGCUGGCGACGCCGCUGCGCGCGUUCCCCGAGCACAAGCGCUCGUUCCUGCCGUCGCGCGACGAGCAGCUGCACGUGGCGCGCAUCGUGCACGCGCUCAAGAUGGGCUGGACCAAGACGCGCCGCCAGAUCGCGCAGGAGCGCAAGGGCAAGCGGGAGAAGAAGUUCUAUGACCUGUGGGGCUCCGCCGCCGAGGACUCUGGGUCCCGCGGCGGCGCGCGGCACAUCCCCGCGCCGCGCCGCGCGCUGCCCGCGCACGCCGAGAGCUACAACCCGCCGCCCGAGUACCUGCUCGACAAGAAGGAGAUGAAGGAGUGGGACAAGCUGGCGGAGACGCCGUGGAAGCGCAAGUACACGUUCCUGCCUGAGGCGCACGGCUCGCUGCGCGCGGUGCCCGCCUACCCGCGCUUCGUGCGCGAGCGCUUCCUGCGCUGCCUCGACCUCUACCUGGCGCCCAGGGCCAUCAAGAUGCGGCUGACGAUAAACGCGGAGGAGCUGGUGCCGAAGCUGCCGUCCCCGCGCGACCUGCAGCCGUUCCCCACGGGCGAGGUGCUGCAGCUGCGCGGGCACAGCGGGCUCGUGCGCGCGGUGGACUUCGACCCCAGCGGGCAGUACGUGCUGUCGGGCGGGGACGACGGCACGCUGCGCGUAUGGGAGACGAGCACGGGGCGGUGCCUGCGCACGCUGCAGCUGGGCGGGGAGGGCGGGGAGGGCGUGUCGCGCGCGCUGUGGACGCCGAGCGGCGGGCUGAGCCUGGUGGCGGCGGCGGUGGGCGCGCGCCUGCUGCUGCUCAACCCGGGCGCGGGCGUGGGCGCGCACCGCACCGCCGCGCGCACCGACCUGCUGCUGCGCGACGCGCCGCCCGCGCACGACGUCGUCAUGGACGAGCGCACGCGGUCGUGCGUGACGUGGGAGCCGGUGAGCGAGCAGCAGUGGGCCAGCGGCGUGCGGCUGUCCGUGCGGCACUUCAAGCCCGUGGCGCACGUGAGCUGGCACGCGCGCGGCGACUACGUGGCGGUGACGCUGCGCGAGGGCGCCGCGCGGGCCGUGCUCGUGCACCAGCUGUCGCGGCGCCGCUCGCAGCUGCCCUUCCGCACGGCCAAGGGGCUGGUGCAGUGCGCCGCCUUCCACCCGCAGCGGCCGCAGCUGCUCGUGGCCACGCAGCGCGCCGUGCGCGUGUACGACCUGGCGCGCCAGGAGCUGGUGCGCAAGCUGGAGACGGGCGCGCAGUGGGUGAGCUGCCUGGCGCCGCACCCGCGCGGCGACAACCUGCUGGUGGGCGCGUACGACCGCAAGCUGGCGUGGUUCGACCUGGAGCUGUCGGCGCGCCCGUACCAGACGCUGCGCCUGCACGGGGGCGCCGUGCGCUCCGUGGCCUUCAGCGCGCGCUACCCGCUCUUCGCCUCCGCCGGCGACGACCCCUACAUUGUCGUCUCGCACGGCAUGGUCUACAACGACCUGCUCCAAAACCCGCUACUGGUCCCGCUGAAGCAGCUGCGCGGCGGCGAGAAGCGCGACGAGCUGUGCGUGCUGGAGGUGCGCUUCCACCCCACGCAGCCCUGGCUCAUCGCCGCCUGCGCCGACGGCACCAUCCGCCUCUAUGCAUAGACUAUAUGUACAAACAUUUAUUAUAUAAAACGAUGUCAA